GCGCUCUGACCGCCGCAACUUUUGCAGAGACUCCUCACUCCUCACUCCUCAGACAUGUCGCACAAUAGCUGAAGUAAACCUGUCAUCUCGGCUCACCCCCCUCGGAGCCUCCUCGAACGCGGCGCGGCUGGGAUUAUUACGCACGGAACCUCUCCUCUUCGUCUCUCCUCGGAUCGGACCGGACGUGAGCGCUUGGAUAUGAAUUGCGAGCUUUUUUGUCACUAAUGAACUGGGCCAGUAAUGCAGGAGAUCGCGGCGACUCUCUCAUCACCCGUGUCUCAAGAUGGCAGAUUUUUAUUGAGUUUUGAGCGUAAAUCGCGCUGUAUUCCUUUGCCAUGAAUUACAGAAACCCUUGCACCGAUGGCCCCUGUAUACGAAGGUAUGGCCUCGCAAGUGCAAGUCUUCUCCCCCCACACUCUCCAGUCAAGUGCCUUCUUUAGCGUAAAGAAACUGAAGGUGGAGCAAAGUUGUAACUGGGAUAUGACAGGGUACGGCACGCACAGCAAAGUCUACAGCCACAACAGCAGUAAGAACGUGUCUGCCACCAGUGGGCCCCUGGGCACUCUGCCCUACGAACAGGCGCUCAUCUUUCCUGCCAGCGCGGGCCACAUCGUGGUGGCCUCGGCCAGCAGCACCUCUGGGGCAGUGGGCUCUCUCCUGGGCAGCGGGGGCGGAGGAAGCAGCAGCAACAGCAGCACGGGGGCAGGAAGUGGACUCCACAACCUGACCAGGCGCAGCACUGUCAGUCUCUUAGACACCUACCAGAGAUGUGGGCUUAAACGCAAGAGCGAGGAGCUAGACAACAACAGCAGUGUGCAGAUCAUCGAGGAGCACGGCCCACCCAUGAUACACAACGGAGCAGCCAGUGGAGCCACUGUGGCCACAGCGGCCACUGCCACCUCCACGGCCACCUCCAAGAACAGUGGCUCCAACAAUGAAGGAGACUACCAGCUGGUGCAGCACGAAGUGCUCUGCUCAAUGACCAACACAUAUGAGGUGUUGGAGUUCUUGGGGCGAGGCACGUUUGGACAGGUGGUCAAGUGUUGGAAGAGGGGCACCAAUGAGAUCGUUGCAAUCAAAAUCCUGAAGAACCAUCCGUCGUACGCACGGCAGGGCCAGAUCGAGGUCAGUAUCCUGGCCCGUCUGAGUACUGAGAGCGCAGACGACUACAACUUUGUGAGGGCCUACGAGUGCUUCCAGCACAAGAACCACACGUGCCUGGUGUUUGAGAUGCUGGAGCAGAAUCUGUACGACUUCCUCAAACAGAACAAGUUCAGCCCUCUGCCUCUGAAGUACAUCAGGCCUGUGCUGCAGCAGGUGGCCACAGCGCUCAUGAAGCUCAAGAGUCUGGGACUGAUCCACGCUGACCUGAAGCCAGAGAACAUCAUGCUGGUGGACCCGUCCAGACAGCCCUACAGAGUGAAGGUCAUUGACUUCGGCUCAGCCAGCCACGUGUCCAAAGCGGUGUGCUCCACCUAUCUCCAGUCCAGAUACUACAGAGCUCCAGAGAUCAUCCUGGGCCUUCCGUUCUGUGAGGCCAUCGACAUGUGGUCCCUGGGCUGUGUCAUCGCCGAGCUCUUCCUGGGCUGGCCUCUCUACCCUGGAGCGUCAGAAUACGAUCAGAUCCGGUACAUCUCUCAGACACAAGGCCUGCCUGCUGAGUAUUUAUUAAGCGCUGGGACAAAAACAACCAGGUUCUUUAACAGAGAUUCAGAGUCUACGUACCCACUGUGGAGACUUAAGACUCCAGAGGACCACGAGGGCGAGACCGGGAUCAAGUCCAAGGAAGCCAGAAAGUACAUCUUCAACUGCCUGGACGAUAUGGCUCAGGUGAACAUGACGUCAGACCUGGAGGGCAGUGACAUGCUGGCGGAGAAGGCAGACCGGAGGGAGUUCAUCGACCUGCUGACGAAGAUGCUCACGAUCGACGCCGACAAGAGAAUCACGCCCAUAGAAACGCUCAACCACCCUUUUGUCACCAUGUCCCAUCUGCUCGAUUUCCCCCACAGCUCACACGUCAAGUCGUGCUUCCAGAACAUGGAGAUCUGCAAACGCCGCGUGAACAUGUACGACACAGUGAACCAGAGCAAGACGCCCUUUAUCACCCACGUGGCCCCCACCACCUCCACCAACCUCACCAUGACCUUCAACAACCAGCUCAACACUGUGCACAGCCAGGCCACCAACCUGGCUCCUUCCUCCACCAACAAUGCCACCCUUUCCUUUGCCAGUCCCGAUGUCUCCAUACUAAACUACCAAUCUGCACUCUACCAGCCCUCCGCAGCGUCCAUGGCAGCCGUGGCCCAGAGGAGCAUGCCCCUCCAGCCGGGCGCCCCCCAGCUCUGCGCCGCCCGACCGGACCCCUUCCAACAGGCUCUCAUCGUGUGCCCACCUGGCUUCCAAGGGCUGCAGGCGUCCCCUUCCAAACACACCAGUUACUCCGUGCGGAUGGAGAAUGCCGUUCCCAUAGUGACGCAAGCCCCCGGUGCCCAGCCUCUCCAGAUACAGCCCGGGCUCCUCGCACAGCAGGCCUGGCCCAGCGGCACACAGCAGAUCCUCCUGCCUCCAGCCUGGCAGCAGCUCACCCACACCUCGGUCCAGCACGCCACCGUCAUCCCGGAGACCAUGGGCACCACGCAGCCCCUCGCCAACUGGAGGAAUUCGCAUCCCCACGGCAGCCAUUACAAUCCCAUCAUGCAACAGCCGGCCUUGUUGGCUGGUCAUGUCACGCUCCCGUCCAACCAGGCGCUUAAUGUGGGGGUCGCUCAUGUGAUGAGGCAGCCCUCGUCCAACAGCUCCUCCUCCAAAAAGAACAAGCAGCACCAGAUGUCCACCAGAAACAUGUCGUCGUACGAGGUGUCAUCGUCCCAGGCCGUGCUCUCGCCUCAGCGUUCGAAGAGAGUGAAGGAGAACACGCCCCCUCGAUGCGCCGUGGUGCAGAACGGGCCCACCUCCGCCUGCCCCGUGCCCCAGGGAGGAGGCGGGGGCUGGGGUCAGAGUCAGCCAGAGCAGGCCUCCAGCACCACCAGACAGACCAUCGUCAUCCCGGACACACCCAGCCCUGCGGUCAGCAUCAUCACCAUCAGCAGCGAUACGGAUGAAGAGGACGAGCACAAGCAGAACAACAGCUCUUCUUCAAAACACAGAAAGAACGUGAUUAGCUGCGUGACGGUCCACGAUUCCCCCGAGUCCGACUGCUCCAGCCACAACAGCCCGUACAUCGCCAACAGCAACAACAACCACACCAACCACACCAACCACACCAACCACACCAACCACACCAACCACACCAACCACACCAAUCACACCAACCACACCAAUCACACCAACCACAACAGCCACAACAGCCACAACAGCCACACGUACGACUCCAAGAACACCCUCCUGGACAACUACAACAACGGAAACCCCCGCACCAUCAUCAUACCCCCCCUCAAGGCCCAGAGCAACGAGGCCUCCACCAACGACUGUGAACGUCUCAUGCCAGAACCUAUGAACCAUCAGAAUUCAUCGUACAAAUAUAAAACGUCCAACGGCGUUGUUCCUGGCAGUAAUCACGUACAAGGAGGAGUCCCAGGGGGCGGAGCCUAUCGUCAGCAACGCACAGGGCCACACCCACUCCAGCAGCAGCCGCUCAACCUCAGCCAGGCGCAGCAGCACAUGGUCGCCGAGCGCAACGGAGGUCACCGUCGGCAACAGGCGUACAUCACCCCCACCAUCGCCCCCCAGCCGCCCUACUCAUUCCACCACAACAGCCCCUCCCACGCGCCCAACGUCCACCCGCACCUGGCCGCCACGCACCUGUCCAGCCAGCCUCACCUGUACACCUACGCGGGCCCCACGGCUCUGGGCUCCACCGGGACUGUCGCCCAUCUGGUGGCGUCGCAGGGGUCCGGGAGGCACGCCGUUCACCAGCACGGCACCUACCCGCCCAGCAUCGUCCACCAGGUGCCCGUGUCCAUGAACCACCGCGUGCUGCCCUCGCCCACGCUUCACCACAGCCAGUACCAGGCCCAGUUUGCACAUCAGGCUUACAUCAGCGCCUCGCCCGCCUCCACUGUCUACACUGGAUACCCGCUGAGCCCCACCAAGGUCAACCAGUACCCGUACCUCUAGAGACCAACGCAACUGUGCUCCAAAUGAAUCACUGGCUACAGGCUGGAGGUUGAAUCAGUUACUUUAUUUCCACCAAGCAGUACAACGUCAAAAAAUACUCAAGUUAAAGCAAAAGUAUCACUUGGAAAAUCUACUCAAGUAAAAGUUUGUUUAAAAAUUUACUUGAAGAGUGAAAAGUUAAAGUAUUUCGAGACGAUUUUGAGGUCACAUAUAGCUACAGGCUGGAUGCUGAAUCACUUACUUUAUUUCCGCCAAACAAUAGAAUGUCAGAUGGGAAUCCUUUAUUUAAAUCCAACAGUGGUGGAAGAAGUACUCCAUUUUGUACUUCAAGUAUUUCGUGCCAAUUUUGAGAUCUAAUAAAGCUUCAAAUGUAGUGAUUUUAAUAGUGUAUUUAAUAGUGUAUUUGUGCAGAAGGAGUUUAUUUUAUUUUACCAGAACCAUGUAUAGGAGCAGAGGAGUCGACAGAGACAAAGGGGGAGUUUUGGUCCCCAGGGUUUUAGGGGCCAGAGAAUUGGAGCCUCUGCCUAUUAAUUAAUAUAAGUGGGGGGCCCACGUGAGCCUCCUUGCCCCGAGCUUCCAAAAUUCCAUUAGAAAGAAACAUUGAAGAGAUGUUUUGUGUCACUCUCAAAUCUAAUUUCCAUCUGUGGUCCUUACAUACAAAACAUAAGACACAAGUAACAUAAAACAAUCCAAUCUAUAUCCAAAUAGUAAUUAAAAACUACAAUGACAUUAAAUAGCUCUAUCCCCUUCUCACUAUACUCCCUCUGCGCUCUUAAUCAGAUAUAAUUUUAUCAUUUUAUUUUAAACACUUGCUUGCACUUAAUGUUGGCACUUCUUUGUUAAAAAAAAUAUCUCUAAUAUUUAUUUUUUAAGUCUUUGUAUAGCUUUAAAUCUGUUGGUAGUCUGCUCCAUUCUUUUAUAGAUUUGAAAGAGAAAGCUGAAGCCCAGAGUUGUGGAAAAAAUACAAUAAAAUACACAAAAAUUUUGAAGCAGAUCUAUCACUCUAAAAUACAGGAUACAUAUUGAAAUUAUGACGUACGGGCCCCCCAAGAUAUUUUGUACCCAGGCCCAAGAAUUUCUUGCUACGCCCCUGUAUGGAUAACAAAAGCAUUUUUACAUGAACCACUACUUAUGCAAGUGUUUUUUGAAUUUCAGAACAAUCACAAACAUGAGAGAAUUGUACAGUUUGGUGGAAAUAUUGCUUCUGGUAAAUUUGGUAACUACAGUCUGAUUAUGAUGUCUUUAGUCGGUGUGAUUUGGAGCACAGCGUAUACGAGCGAAAUCACUGGAAAUCUGGAUCGGAGUGCUGCCAUGGACCCCUGUUUCCACCUCAGACUUGAACAGAGACGGAGGAAAACGCAAAUCCUCUAGAGACUGUACGGUAACUUGAAGAUAUGACUACAAAGAUAAACAGCAAAAAGAUUCACAGCCUCUACUGAAGGAAAAGACGGAGAAGGAUUUAAGAGGGGUAACCUUGUUUUGUUUUGGUUUUUUGUUUUCAUUUUCGCGAUUUUAGAAAGGGCCAGUGAUUGUUUCUUGCUUUGUCACACCUUUGCUUUAUGAGAAUGGAAAUUUUUAAACAGGGAAAUCUGGAAAAAAAAAAAGAACAGGCCUUUUUGGAGGACAGUGGAGCGUUUCUGGUUUGUUCAUCUUUUAUUAUUUUCCCUCCCCUCUUGAAUUCGGGACUUUUGAACAGGGGUUACUUACUGGAAGCUUGGAAUUUUAACGUGAUUUUGGGGACAAGGUGAAAUACGGAAACCUGCUGCUCUACAAAGAAAAAAAUAUCAAUGGCCUUGAACUGUCUUAAUAUUCCCGAAUCAAAAAACGGUGUGGGGGAGGAGCAACAGAAGAAAGCCAACUUCCACUGCACCACCUUCUCCAUCUGAGGAGGCUUCUGGGAAUACGAAACCAACCAAGACAACGAACUUUGUAGUGUAUUUAUACAUAUGAAAUCAUUAUGUUCCACCUUUAUAAUUCUUGAGUUUUAGUCCUAUAGGUGUCUUAGCUGGGCCCCGUUUUUAGAAUGUAGCAGUCUGCACAGAGUUUGUUUUAAUCUCGAACCAACUUAUUACACUUAUUUGUCCCUGAUUUUUCAAUGUGAUCGCACAAAGUGGUUCUAAUAACAUAGGCAUGUACAAAAUGUGAUUGUCUGUGUGUGCUAACGUCAGCCAUGCGUGUAUCCAACCUCCUCUAUAGAACUCCUAUCAGCAGUUAGGUCUGGACCAUUUUUCCUCGUAGUGCCUUACAGAUACUACCAUACAGUUUACUCGUCUUCGUUGGCAUCGUCCAAUCGAGACCACAGCUAUACUUAGUGAGAUGUGAUUCCUUUCGGUUUGGUUUUGACGUGUCUGGGGGCUUUUGUAGCUCUCUUCCAGGUGUAGGCUCGACCUUUUCUGUCCCUCUUCUGUCCUCAAACCGACGCGACGUGAAAGUGAAAGUGUGCAUGUUUAAAACUCGCCCGGCGUUCUUACCAAAGUCGUAGAUGAAGUCGAUGUAAAUACGUAACUGUGCACUGUAGCUGGGGCACGUGAAUUGUAAAAAAAAAAAAAAAAACCUACAAAAAAACAAAAAAAAGAGAAGAAAUUUGUGCAGAAAUAACAAAUGUUGGAGACACUGUAGAGAUUGCGUAGGGGUUACAACGAGAGCUAGUCCAAGAAGAAAGGGUCGGACCAUAGGCUGUAUAAAGAAUCGGACGAAGAAAGUGUUCGGCUCCAGUCAAAUGAAGCUCAUCGAAGGCAGGCUGUGAACAAAAUAGUGAAGUAAAAACCCAAGGAUCACAUCGAGAGGGUUAUUCCAAACAUUUCAAGACCAAAAUGACCAUUUUCACAGCUGCCGUUUCAGAGCGAGGUGACGUUUUUUUAAUAUAAAGUCGAUCGGAGCCAGAGUCGAUUUAUAUAUACAGUCUACAGGCCGGACGGAAAGUGGCGUAGCUGCGCGAGCUAUAGCCAGGCUGCAACGAAAACUCAUCAAUCAAAAUAAAAGGCUGACAGGCGCAAGGGUUGUUUGAGAAAGAUACCGCGUAGGCACUGUGAGAGAAGGGACCGGUUGAGAGAGUCAGUUUGGGUAGGGACUGCGGAGGUCGGAGCGGAGUUUUCUCUAUCUUAAAUGGUGACUAAAAUGGUAGCAAGUUGGCACUGAGCAGGUUGAUAGAAACACUGAGGUUGGUGGUAGAAUCUCCUACCUUAAAGGCUCCGGAUUACGCUGUUUUCUGAUCUAUAAUGGUAUAAUGUUGUUUCCGCGUCACAAAAACAUACCUGGAGUUGUGUUUUGAAGGUUCAAGGUUCGAGGGACAGUGCAUAUUAAUGAACAUCUACAACACUGCGGUGUAAAUAUGCCAGAUUACAGCAAGAAUGUUCAUUUCCAUCUGUAGUCCCUCGGCAGGUAACGCAACAAAUUUAGCAGAAAAAAACAGCAAAACAAGUGACAGUUCUAAACUAAGUGCCCACAAGUCUGGUUUUCCUUCAGCCGCUGUUUCAAGUGAGAUUUGAAAGUGUCUCUUAUUGAUAAAGGGAGAAAACUUAGUGCCUCUGACUGAGACGCAAUUUGUCCGAAUGUGGUGCAUCUGUGUGGGACCUCACAGUUUCCCUCAAGCUGUGGCCCUAGUUCCCAUCCCACUGCCAUUUUUACUUUAAUAAAAUCCUGUAACGGAGGAGGGGCAAGUCCAUACAAAACUUUAUAUAUAAAACAUCCAUAUUCAUAAUCAACAAAAUUAUUAAAAUGAAGCAAAUUGUACUUAUCUAAAACAGUCCAGUGGCAAAAUUAGAGUAGUUUCUUAUCCAGUAUUUUUAAGGCUUUUUUUUUUUUUUUAAGUGAUUCGACUGGUUUGAGUUUUGUGCCAGCACCAAGUGACCAAGUGCUUCUGCAACACUCUAUAUGAGACAGAAUCAUGGAGUGUAAAAACAUUUGAGUCAUGAAGGAUCUUACCGGUCUAAAACUCACUAAGUUAAAAUGUGUUAAUGUGUUUCUUAAAUGUCAUUUGUCAUUCAAGCGAGAGAAACACAUGACAGAACGAAAAAAGUGAUAAAGAGAGAUAAAAACGAUAAUAAAUAAGCAAUAUUAAAAAGUACGUCAAGAGCAUUUAGCAGUUCCAGCAGACAAAAGUCGAACCUGUGGCAAGACAAGUCAUUGUGCAACGUUUAAAAGACCGACAGCCUCAGGAAAAGCCGGACUUCAGCCGAAUGAACCAAGUUUUUUGGAUCAUUCACAUGUUUAACACAAAAACGCUGCAAAUUUAGGGUGAGUUAUUGUCUCAAACGGAAAGCACUGAUGUAAUUUUGUAAUACAGGAAGUGCUAAACUCACCUUGACUAGAAUAAUUUGGUUAAUUCCAGCCUUGGAAUUGCCAACUUCUACUGAAAACUAGAACUUCAGAGCGUUUUGGGCUAUGGAGACUAUUAACGCUCAAUAAACGCUCAAAAAACACAACUCCAGGUUUGUUUUUGAGGCGGUAACCUCAUUCUAACAUCUCACAUGAAUAAAUUUUGCGUAAUAUCGGACCUUUAACCUAAAAAAAAUGCACACUUCUUACAUAAAUAUCGCCGAAUUUUUAUAUUACGUAGAGAAUUCCAGGACACAAAAGGGAUCACGUAGCUUACACCUGGCAGGGCAUCUGGUUUAACAUAACUGUCCAUUUGUCUUCUGAACCAGGUAGACCACAGACAUAGCCACGCCAGCCUAUUUACCUGAAGUCUUAGAAUAGGGCUUUGUGUGCUGCUUUUAUAUUUCAUUCCCUCGUAGCCAAUGAUACACUUAUUUUAGGCACAUCAGAACUGCUGGUGACUCCCCUUUACCCUUUUUCAUGUUACGCCAUAUUACUUAUUGCUUAUUUUAACUUAAUAUUAUCUUGAAUUAUUUUGAACAUGGCUGUAGUACAUGUUGUGUUUUAUUUUAGAGAUUGUUGCAAUAAUUCUCGUGUGUGUCCUGUUUUAAUUUUGUGUCAUUUCUGUUGUGUAACCUGGGGGAUUGUUGUACAGUGAAUUGUCGUUUCGUUUGGAACCAGGGGCGCACCUACGUUGAAAUGGCUGAAGUAGUAAGUUUGCAGAUAAGUUAGACGGCGAUGCACCGAUACGAUACUGGAAAAAAAAAUGCUGGAUCAGAUAUCGGAUUAUAAAUAUCGGUUCAGUCGAUAUCCUGGUUGGACAAUUUAGUCACCUGGAAGAACUCAUAAUGUUUGGACUUUUAUUUAUCCAAAGUUGUUCUGUGGUUGUAUAAAUAAAUCACAGCUAAUAAUCAGGGGGGGUCUGUUUUCCAGAAUUUUACCCUUUUCCUAUUCAUUUAUUUAAGAGGGGGCCCAUGUGAGGUGUCUUGUCCCAGGCCCCCACAAUUUCUGUCGACGGGCCUGCUCGUAACAAAUGAGUCAAAAAUGGGGGAUAAACUCGGCUGUUGUCCAGGACCCCAGGGUGUUUGGGGUCCAGAAUUGGAGCGUCUUCCUAUUUAUUAAUAUUAGUUCGGGGGCCCAUGUGCAUCUUCUUGCCCCGGGCCCCCACAAUUUCUGUCGACAUGCCUGCUCAUAACACAUUUGGAUCAGUUUAUGUAAAAAAAAAUGUUAAAGGAAAUAAAUGCUGUUUUCAAUUUCUGCUCUGGUAUCGUUUGAUAUCGGCAGAGAAGUCGACGAACUGUCCAGCGCUCCAGGGUGUUUGGGGCCCAGAAUUGCAACCUCUGCCUAUUUAUUAAUAUUAGUUGGAGGCCCAUGUGAAGUGUCUUGCCCCGGGCCCCUACAAUUUCUGUGAACGGGCCUGCUCAUAACACAUUUGAAUCAGUUUUGUCUUAUUUUAAAUUUGUUUAAAGAAAACAAAUGCUGUUUUUAAUCUCUCCUCUGGUAUCGAGUGAAAUCAGCAGAGGAGUCGACAGGAGGGGACAAAUUGGGCUGUUGUCCAGGGCCCCAGGGUUUCUAUUCAUUUAUAUUAGAGGGGGCCCAUGUAAAGUCUCUUGCCCCGGGUCCCCACAAUUUCUGUCGACAGGCCUGCUUAUAACACAUUUGGAUUAGUUUUGUCUCAUUGCAGAGGAGUCGACGGGGUGGAUAAAUUGGACUGUUGCCCAGGGCCCCAGAGUCUUAGGGGCCCAGAACC